AUGAGCUACAGGACUAAAAGAACAUUGGUAGCUAUUGACGAAGGGUCGAGCAUUGCUGCAUCCAAGUCCCCAAAAUCUUCUGAUCCAUCCACCCAAAACUGGGGACCGUUUAGUCCUCCAACACUUGGAGUGUCACAGACAUUUGGGACGGUAUCACAACCCAUUAAGCAACCAGUAGCUGCUAAAAAAACCAUGGUUGCACCACAAUCAUCCUUGCCUCGGCCUACUUCCAUGGUUUCAAAGCCACAACUGAAGGCAUUAUCAAAACCAUCCUUUACCCAGACAAAACCAUCCUCUAACCCAUUACAACAACCAAUUCCGCCCACUCUUACAGGAACAACACAAAGUAGAUGGUAUAAAGGACCUACGUUUCCCAAUCUGACUGAAAUUGCAACACAAAAAGCGUCAACACCGAAUCCACACCAGCCUACUAUGCAGCCUGUGUUGCAGCCUUUCAAAGCUACCUUGCAGCCUUCUUUGCAGCCAUUCAAAGCUUCCCAACAGCCUCAAACAGCUACCAAUCAGCCUCAAAAAGCUACCCAUCAGCUUCACAAAGCUACACAACAGCCUCAAAAAGCUACACAACAGCCGGUAUCUUCUUUUACAAGUGUCAAACCACAUUUAGAGAAAAGAGCAUUUGUUGCACCUUUGGGAGCAACAAAACAUGUGAUGUCACAAUCUCCUACACCACCAGACACCAUGGCAAUGAAAAAGAGAACCGGGAAGCAAGAAGGUCAGUUGCCUCCAACAUACAUGCAUGUGAGUGAGAAUGCAUUUCAACCUCUGCGAUCUCCUCCAUCCAAUCAGGUUGAGAGUGAAGUUAUGCCAAACUACAACUGGGACGAAUUUGAAGAAUCGGCUUCUGAGAGUGAAAAUGAAUUUGAUCAAGGAGAAGGAAGUGAUACUGCUCCAGAAUCGAGGGAGUUUGAUGAGAAGGUGGAGGCUAUAGCUAUAGAUGCUGAUGGAAUACGACAUCUGGUAAAGGGACCAGUUCUGCCUCGAGACGUUUGGCAUGAUGCAAAGGGGUUCAGAUACAUUGUCAAGCUCAAUGAAUUCAACCAACCUAUUCGAAAAGGUGGGAAGAUCCUUGUGAGCUUCCUUGGAGAUAUUGCAAAAAAUGAUUCACUUUGUCUAGUGGGAGUCCCAAGUUGGCGUGCUGUGAACAAUCAGUUAAAAACUAAUGUUGUUACAAUGAUUCGGAAACAUUUUGUGUUACCUGAUGGACCUCUAGUUAACAAGGCACUAGUGAUGCGUAUUGACAAACCAUGGAACAAUCAUCGAUACAAAUUGAAGGGGGAUUUUUUCGAUCCAGUGAAUAAAUCUCGAGAAGAGAACUAUGCCAACGUGCCUGAUGGAGUGUCCACUAGGAGUUGGACGGAAUUGGUAGAUUAUUGGCUUUUACCAGAGGCCAUGGAAAAAUCUGAAAUGGGAAAAAAUGCUCGAGCUUUACAAGGCAAUAAGCACAACAGUGGUGCUACAAGCUUUGCUAAUCGAAGAGUUGAUAUGAAAGAGAAGAAAGGAGUGUUUAGCGAAUUGGCAUUUUUCAAAUCAGUUUACGCCAAAGAAGAUGGAAGCUUUAAAGAGGGCACACUUCCUCAUCAAUUUGUGGAGGAUGCCAACAAAAAGGUCCAAGAAAAUCUUGCGAGUUCCUCUUCUUCAAAGCCCGUAAUUGAAAUUGAGAAUGCAGUCUUGAAUGAGCUCAUGUAUAAAGGUGAAGUACCUAAACGUCCUCUGAAUUAUGGAUUUGGAGUGAAGCAAAGCGACAUCUUUGGAGUGGAAGGUUUGCUGAGGAAAGAAGGGUCAAGCUAUGUUAACAACAAUGCUAUGGAAGUGGAGAACAUGAAAGGUGAAAUACCAGUUGUCAAGAAGCAAAAUGAGGACCUUGCGCAACAAAAUCAAGUUCUAAACACCAAGUUUGAAGAAACAACACAAUCAUUUAAAAUGAUUGCUUCUUUUUUGGGACAAGUUUUGAAGGAAGUACGCAAAGGGAAUGUUUCAUCGAACCUUUUAGAUGGUGCGGAAUCAGCAAUAAAUAUGAUUACUGAUGAUUCUGGUGGCAAUGGUGACAACCAGGCCGAGAAAUGAGACUUUGACACUAUUGCCAAAUGCAAGAUUAUUGAUGAUUCAAGUGGUAAUAGUAAAUGUAGAUCAAGAGAUGAACAAGUUAUCUUGAAGCUAAGCUAGCAUAACAAUAUGUUUACUUGUUCGUAGUCAG